CAACCACUUAGUAGAAUCCAGACUUUACCUAUUAAAUUCUUGGAUCCUUGUGUGGGUCCCAGCUCUGCCCGGGCUGAAACCCACAGGAAUGAACCCAAAUAUUUUGAUGUUUAAAUAUGUUUGAUUCUCCUGUUUACUAAAUGCAGCGCAUACCUAUAAUGAUAACGAGAAACCUCCAUGGAAUGCAAAGACUGCUGUACCAUCUCAUGAUUUUGAUGAGUGGUUCAACAUGCAGCACAGGGCACCCAGGACUGCUGAUGAGGACUUGAGGGACUAUCAAGGAUCUUCCUGGGGAAGGAAUGGAGAAAUUGAAAGGCCAGCAGGCAGAACAGUGAUUUACAAUCGACGAGCUCCAUCAGCAGGUCCUGUGUACUAUGCUGAUGAUAGCCUAGAAGCGGAGCUGAACGUGGGAAGGGACAUCAAAAUUCAAACAGAAGGAAGUGACUCCUCGUCUGUGGCAUCAUAUGAGUCCACUAGAUCACGAAAGCAAAAGGCUCGACAUGCUGCAGAAGAACACCGUCGUCAGCUUCAAGCUCUUCUACUGAACAAGAAUCCCAGUAGAGGAAGUGUUAAUGGAAUAAAUAAUGAUUAUGAUCUUCAUGACGAUGGCACAGAAUUGUUAGAAAAUGUUGAUGAGCUGGAGUCUGAAGGAGUGUCAAACCUCCACAGCACAGGAGCAAGACUUUCCAAGGUGACCGAAGGCUUUUGUUGUUGCUUAAGUAUACAACAUGUAUGUGAAACAAACUGCACAUGGAAAGUCAAGUUCUGAAAGUUAAUCCUUUCUCAUCUCAUCAGUUUAGUCAAAAUCUUAUUUCUCCCAACAAUAUCAAUACAUAGCUGAGCAGAAAGGUUAUGAGAGUAAACAAAAUCAUCACAAGGGAAAUAUUGUCUUGAUGUAAUGAUAAAUUCUCAGAAUGAACUUUGAAGUAAAUGUAAGACAUUUGGUAAGAAGAGUUUACAUUUUCACUAUAUUA